ACACAGAUGUGACACCGUGGCAGUUCUUCAAUGUUCAGCUGGACACAGAGUGUAGAAAAAAGUGGGAUGCCCUGGUGAUCAAGCUGGAGGUGAUCGAGAGGGAUGUGGUUAGUUGUUCUGAGGUUCUGCACUGGGUAACCCAUUUUCCUUAUCCAAUGUACUAACGGGAUUAUGUUUAUGUUUGGCGGUAUAGUGUGGAUCAGGAAAACAACAUGAUGGUGUUGGUGUCACGUGCUGUGGAGCACCCUAGUGUGCCAGAGUCUCCAGAAUUCGUCAGGGUCAAAUCAUAUGAAUCCCAAAUGGUUAUCCGUCCCCACAAGUCGUUUGAUGAGAAUGGCUUUGACUACUUGCUGACAUACAGUGACAAUCCCCAGACUGUGUUUCCUCGCUACUGUGUUAGUUGGAUGAUUACCAGUGGCAUGCCAGAUUUCCUGGAAAAGCUGCACAUAGCCACUCUGAAAGCCAAGAACAUGGAGAUUAAAGUAAAGGACUACAUCUCAGCUAAGCCUUUGGAAAUGAGUAGUGAAGCCAAUGCCACUGCCCAAUCCUCCAAGCGGAAGAAUAAGGGCAGUUGUGGCCCUGCUCGGAUUGAGUAUGCCUGAAGGGCUUUGGGAUAAGAAGGAAUAGGCACUUCAGCCCUGUCUCGGUCCCUUUUCACUCUGCUACAGA